AUGUCAUCCUUCGUGAUGACUCUCACCGAGAUGUUAUUGGAAAAACAAGCGGUAUUUGUAAACACGUGGCCAGUGGCAGAUAAUGGGUCACUGGAUAUCAUCGAGGCCCACUACGAGCAGCCGGGAACCGAUAUCAGCACAAAUGAGAGUCUGAAACAUCUAAUUCAUCAUGAACAGGAUGCUGAAGAAAAACUGGAGGCUGCGGUUCAUCCUACGGCUAACUUGGAUAUGUUAACUGGUGCGCAACGUGGACCGGCAAUCGAUUUAGCCUUAUUAAAAGAGAAUCCACAUGUAUGCAUAACCUGUGGCGUUGAUUUUAAAUGUCGUUCUAAUUUACACGCUCACUUAACUCGACACCGCCAUAUUUUAGGCACAUUGGAAUCGUUUACCCGACUACCCAAGUAUGAAUGUCGGAGUUGUGAUGGCAUCAUUAAUUGUGCUUCAAUGCUCAAGCAUAAAUGUUAUAGCAAACAGCAGAAUGAUAUCCGUUGUCGUAUUAAAAUGUUAGAUCACGAUGGCAGCCCUCUAGUUUGUAUACUCUGUCGUGGACGCCUUCUACCUUCUCGAGUACACCUCAUCAUUCACAUCAUUGUGGCUCAUUCGGUUCAUCGGGACCCAUAUCGUUGUGUAUUUUGCCAUACACAAUUUCAUUCGGAAAAUCUGAUGAUGCAAGAAGUUCACGCGUUUGAUUGUCAUGCACCUGAAUUGUUUAUGACAACUCGUAAAGCCUGUUUCAAAAUGAUUCGUAAUCAACACGGUGGAGUUGCGGAGGCCACUGUCCCGUACACAUGUUUCUAUGAUUCGUCGAAACUGGAAAGUGCCGAUUACAGUGACCUGUUUCGUAAAAACGCAUCUCGCACCAGUAUUGUGGAAGGUAAUUCGGAAACGGAUCGAUUUACCACCUAUCAAAGCAACAAAAGACGUAUGUGUACGGCUAGCUUUAGCACACUGGAUGAAUACACAACACAUUUAUGCUGUUUUCAUGGCGCGGUUGCCCCAAAUCUGUCGGAACUAUCCGAAGAAGAUCCGACGGAGGAAGUUCGGCGAUCUCAGAAUCAAAGCACCCGAGUUCCUGGACCCACAGUUCGGGAACUGUUGAAAAAUCAGGCGGCUGGACAUUAUGCGGCAAACAAAUCGACAGAUGACGAAUUCAGUCCACCCGUGUUGGGAACACAACGUACGUUCGGUCAUCAGGCGAGGUCCACUAUCAAAGGAUCGAUGCGUAACUGGAUGGGUGGGGCGAGGAGCAGUCAGGGCACGCAGAGUCGUGACGUGAGUGGUCUUCGGGUGAAAGAGCAAUGUCGUAUUUGUCUCGAUCGUUUCAUCGAUGAAACGAAAUUGCAACGACAUAUUGCGAAUUAUCAUGCUGCAGAGAGCAGGAAAAGGCUGAAACAUCUGGUGGAAAAAGGAAAGCUACGCCGAAUAUUGGAUAUUGAUUUACUGUGCACUGAGUGUUACAUAAUGUUCCCAGAUAACUUAUCCUUACAGGUGCACAUGAUGGUUUCACAUGCAAGCAAAGAUUGGCGUCAUUGUGGUCUUUGUGGCUAUGAAUUCUACUCCGAUAGCGGUGGUACACCGAAUCAUCUUCGUCUAGUCCACUUCAAUCCGGAGGAUGCAUUGGAAUCAGCUGACAGUGCGAAUGGUGGAGGUAGUUCGAUUGAUGCAUGGCCUUUACCGGCUGAAUUGAUGUGGCGCAUGAUAAUGACACACGAGACAUUGCAUCGGGAACGCCUCUUUCCACCACGACAAGUACCUUAUCUACCCUUGACAUUGAUCGGUCAGCUCUUAAAUAGUCAAGCAAUUCAAGCGGUGAUGGCCGUGAACUGGAUGGUACGGCGUGCAAAAGAAGAAAUGGAGGGCAUACAGUCCACAGACGAAGAGAUUUCCGGUGUGCCUGGUCCAAUGACCACCGAGGAGGCAUUUGCUGCCGGUGCACAACGAACUCGCAACAUCUCCGUCGACAUUACCAUGGCCGACGAGGCCAGACAACAACUGAUCCGUAUAAUCAGACAAAACGAGGACUCGGAAGAGGAUAUUUUACCGAAUCGUGCCAGACAAACAAGUUCCCGUUUAUCCGGCUACGGCCCCGGUGCACUAGUCAAACUGCCCGGGUGGCUUGUGAAAAGUUUCACAGAAUUGGGGGAACUGAAUGCAACCAGACAGGCCGAACUGGACUUUGUGGAAAAUCUGUAG